CUCGGCCGCCGCCGGGCCCCUCCGCCCACUUCGCCGUGACGAAUCGGCGCCAGGCCUGGAGAGUGCCCACAUUCGGGGGGUUUGAGGAACGUUUGUGGCCUGAAAAAAAAUCCCUGACUGGACCAAACACCACCGCGUCCUCACCUGGAGGUUUCCUUUUGCAAAAGAGUCGGGUGAGGGCUUGAAAGCAAUUAAGAAGAGUGUGGAAAGUGCGAGUGCGGACGCUCCGGACGCGAGGGGCGGGGCGUGCGCGGGACAAAGGAAAACGAGGCCGGAGCUACGGGCGCUUUUUCUGCCCGCGGUGUCUCAGAUUCAUUCUUAAGGAACUGAGAACUUAACCUUCCAAAAUGUCAAAAAGACCAUCUUAUGCCCCACCUCCCACCCCAGCUCCUGCAACACAAAUGCCCAGCACACCAGGGUUUGUGGGAUACAAUCCAUACAGUCAUCUCGCCUACAACAACUACAGGCUGGGAGGGAACCCGGGCACCAACAGCCGGGUCACGGCCUCCUCUGGUAUUACGAUUCCAAAACCCCCAAAGCCACCAGAUAAGCCGCUGAUGCCCUACAUGAGGUACAGCAGAAAGGUCUGGGACCAAGUAAAAGCUUCCAACCCCGACCUAAAGUUGUGGGAGAUUGGCAAGAUUAUUGGUGGCAUGUGGCGAGAUCUCACUGAUGAAGAAAAACAAGAAUAUUUAAACGAAUACGAAGCAGAAAAGAUAGAGUACAAUGAAUCUAUGAAGGCCUAUCAUAAUUCCCCCGCAUACCUUGCUUAUAUAAAUGCAAAAAGUCGUGCAGAAGCUGCUUUAGAGGAAGAAAGUCGACAGAGACAGUCUCGCAUGGAGAAAGGAGAACCUUACAUGAGCAUUCAGCCUGCUGAAGAUCCAGAUGAUUAUGAUGAUGGCUUUUCAAUGAAGCAUACAGCUACCGCCCGUUUCCAGAGAAACCACCGCCUCAUCAGUGAAAUCCUUAGUGAGAGUGUGGUGCCAGAUGUUCGGUCAGUUGUCACAACAGCUAGAAUGCAGGUCCUCAAACGACAGGUCCAGUCCUUAAUGGUUCAUCAGCGAAAACUAGAAGCUGAACUUCUUCAAAUAGAGGAGAGACACCAGGAAAAGAAGAGGAAAUUCCUGGAAAGCACAGAUUCAUUUAACAAUGAACUUAAAAGGUUGUGCGGUUUGAAAGUGGAAGUGGAUAUGGAAAAAAUUGCCGCUGAAAUUGCACAGGCAGAGGAACAGGCUCGCAAAAGGCAGGAGGAAAGAGAAAAAGAGGCAGCGGAGCAAGCUGAACGCAGUCAGAGCAGCAUGGUUCCUGAGGAAGAGCAAGCUGCCAGUAAGACCGAGGACAAGAAGGAUGACGAGAGUGUCCCAAUGGAGACAGAGGAGACACACCUUGAAGAAGCGACGGAGAGCCAACAGAAUGGUGAAGAAGGCACAUCUACUCCUGAGGACAAGGAGAGCGGGCAAGAGGGGGUGGACAGUAUGGCUGAGGAAGGGACCAGUGAUAGUAACACUGGCUCAGAGAGCAACAGUGCAACCGUGGAGGAACCACCAGCAGACCCCACACCGGAAGACGAGAAGAAAGAAUAAAUGUUGCCUUGUUUUAUGUGUUCUAAAUACUUUUUUAAAUGAAAAAAAGAUGUUUUUUGAGUUUUAA